CUUCCUCUCCCUCUGCCUGGCCAGGUCAGCAGCAGCUGCUGGGUGCUGAGUUGCGGCACUGGGCCCGCCUGGCGCACCUGCAGCUGCUGUCCAGCAGCCGCCAGCUGGUGGCGCAGCUGGCGCCGCUGCUGGGGCCGGGGGAGCAGCUGGGGCAGAUCUUCGAGUGCCGCAUCAGCCGUCAGGUGCCUCCGCCGCCAGCAGCCAUGGCCACCAUCGUCGCCUCCGCCACCGCCGGCGUCGGAGGCGCCUCCGCCGCCGGCGUCACGGCGCCCGCCGUCGCCCCCUCACUGGCGCGCGCUGCCGCCGCCGCCGCCGCUGGGCAGCUUCAGACGGCAGUGGACGUCAUUGAUUACGUCAUCGCACGA